ACCCUCAAAUACUCUAUCCAACCGGUAACCUAUUUUCUUCCUCAAAAUAGGAAAAGACAUUUUGGUACCCCAGAUCUGCGGUACACAUCCCAUACCCUAAAUUCUCAGAAAUUAUUAUUUUAAUCAACCUCUCUCCUCUCCUAUACAUCUCGCGCGAACCGUCGUCGUCUAUCGAAGUCUCCAUCUUUCGCGAACUGCGAUCGACGUCGGAGUCGUCGAAGAUCGGGGUUGGGGUCGACGACGGUGACUUUGAUUUGAUAGAGACGACGAUAGCUUCAGCUACUCCCUGCGACUUCGACGGGCGACGGCGACGGCGACGGCGACGGCGACGGUGCGACUUCAACCUUCAGCUUCAAGCCUUCGGCUGGUAAACAAUAGCGGGAGCGCGAGCGGGUCAAUCGCCAAUUCCAAAUCCCUAAGGCUAACACUAACAGAGGCUGCUACUCUGCCAUCGUCUUCACUCUUCCGUCCAAGUCAAACUGUCCAUCCGUCGUCUAUAGAUGGAUGUGGAGGAGGAGUUGCAUUGAAUUCAGGAGAAGGUCACAACUCAACUAUUCUCACUGCCGUUAUUUCCGAGGAGGAACUAGGGCUUAUGUUGAACAAACGGUCAAACUGAAGGAAGCGAGCAGAGUAUGAACUUUCCUACAAUAAUUGCAGAGAAAUCAACUCUCCUCAUUCCUCGUCUUCCGCUCAGAGGUGCUCCCUAACCACAAUUGUGUGCCCAGUAUUAGGUUUGUGUCAUUUUGGGACCAGAAGAGGAAAUUGGGAACGAGUUGUCCACCGAAAAUGUCUUGGACUGUAGAGAAAUGCGAAGUUGGUGUUGGAAACCGAUUGGGUGUGGUUCGCCCUGCUACAGAAGAUCACGCCCAAGAGGCUGUUGAGGCCGUGAAAGCUGGCAAAGUCGUUGCUGUGCCCACUGAUACACUCUAUGGGUUCGCAUGUGAUGCUUGUUCCUUGGAGGCAGUUCAUAGAAUUUAUGAGAUCAAAGGACGUAAAUAUACAAGCCCUCUUGCAAUCUGUGUUGGAGAUGUAUCAGACAUAAGGCGCUUUGCUUUCACAGAUCAUCUGCCUCAUGGCUUACUUGAUGCUCUCCUUCCUGGACCUGUCACUGUUGUAUUACAACGAGGUGAGUCCAGUAUCCUUGAGAAGUCCUUGAAUCCAGGAUUGGAGAGCAUAGGUGUCCGAGUCCCUGACUGUGACUUCAUCAGGGUGGUUGCCCGAGGUUCGGGAAGUGCACUGGCCCUAACCAGUGCUAACCUAAGCGGACAGCCUAGUAGUGUUUGCAUUAAGGAUUUUGAGACCCUGUGGGAACAUUGUGCUCAUGUUUAUGAUGGCGGUGUGCUUCCAUCAGGUCGAGCAGGAUCAACAGUUGUGGACCUUACCAAGCUAGGAAAGUAUAAGAUUCUUAGACCGGGAAGUGCCAAGGAAGAAACUGUGACAAUACUCGAGCAACAUUCUCUGCUUGAAGAUACAGCAGCCUGAAGAAAAGCACUCUGUAGGCAAUACUAACCGAUGUUAAUUAUGAUGUCUCUAUUUCCUUCACUUGUCUUUAUCCUUUGUUUGAUGGAAAAAAAAAAUUGGAAUUGGCAAAAGCUGAGACAGUAAAAAAUGGAAGGGUAAAUGGGUUUCUUUCGGUAUAACAAUUCAAUAAUUUAUUUAUUA